AUGGAGGGCAGAGCCAAAGGUCUUGAUAAGAGAGAAUCGAGUCUGUUGUUUAGAGAGAUUGUGCCCCCUCAUGGCUGGGCUGAAGAUGAAAAUAAUCAUUAUUUGCGGUUAACUCUUCCUGGGUUCAAACAACCGGAUGUGACGCUUCAAAUCGACAAGUAUGGCCAUCUCGUGGUACGUGGGGAGAGACAAUUGAGCGGACACAAGUUUGUUUCCUUUCAUGAAACUUUUAACUUGCCUAAAAAUAUAAAUGUUGAAGAGACCAGUGGAGAAUUUGAAGAUGGUGAGAUUUUUUGCAUCACUUUUCCAAAGCUAUCAGAAAUAGAACAACGUCGUAUGCAACCAGUACGAGAUCGAUACGACUCACAUAACAUCAGGGUACCCAAAGAGCAACAACCCUACUCAACCAACAUUGAUGGAAAAUCAAUGGGAAGACCUGGAUCAAAGCGUGAUAAUGCAAAUGACUCCAAUAAGCAGAGCACGAAAAAGCGUGACGAAUUUAUUGAUCCAGAAGUACCAAAUACACCCAAAGGGAAAAUUGCGUUGGAUACUAUAGAAAGUGAUGAGAAGUCGAAGACGAAAAUGUGGGUUCUCAUAGGGUUACUUGUAAUUCUACUAAUUGUUGUUGUUGUUCCCAUAUCAGUAAAGUUACACAAGUGA